CGUUCAGACUACAGUCGCAUCCGCUGUAAGUGGCGUAAUUAUUGCAAUUUGCGCAACUGCUGGAACGAGUGUUUACGCAGCUAACAACCGCCUAUGUUCACAUUGAGCCUUUCGAUAAGUGACGUUUUUUACGACUGGCCAAUCACCGUUCUGGGACAGCCACGUUUCGCAUUUUUCGACAUGGCGCCGAUCAGCAAGCGGCUGUUAGCGCAGGUCGAGGCUCUUCAAGCCCAAAGUGAGCUUGUCAUCGUCUACGCGCUUAACCGACGCAGACGGAGGCGUCGUAGAAGAAUGUGGGUUCGUCAAAUCUUCCUCGACAGAGCCGUUGACGGAGAUUUCCACAAUCUUUUUGCGAAGCUGAGGACUGGCGAUACGGCGUUGUUCUACAACUUCGUGCGGAUGUCACCGCAGCAGUUUGACUUCCUGGAAAGCCUCCUCCGACCGCACAUACAAGUUCAAGAGACGCAACUGCGAGAAUCCCUGUCAUCAGCUGAGCGCUUGGCUAUAACACUGAGGUUCUUGGCAAGCGGAAACAGCUACCAGUCUCUGGCAUAUAGCUUCAGGGUUGGAAAAUCAACGAUCUCUCAACUGGUUCCUCAAGUGUGCAUUGCCAUAUGGAAGGUUCUGCAACCAAGAGUCCUGAGACGGCCAGAUCAUAGGCAACUGAAGGCUAUUGCUGAUGAGUUUAUGUGGAAAUGGAACUUCCCAAAUUGUGUUGGCGCUAUCGACGGGAAGCACAUUCACUUGGACGCACCGCCAAACUCUGGUUCUGUGUACUUUAACUAUAAACGUAGCUUCAGCAUCAACCUCAUGGCAUCCUAUGAUGCAGGCUACAGGUUUACAACUGCUAAUAUAGGGGCUUUUGGCAGAGAAAGCGACGGUGGUGUUUUCUCAGCGUGCGGGCUUGGAGUCAUUGUCGACAAUGCACAGGAAACGUUGCCAUUCCCUGCAGCCUUGCCCAGUGAUGGGCCUGUUCUUCCAUUUGUAAUGGUAGGAGACGACGCAUUUCCUUUAAAAGUGAACUUAAUGAAGCCAUAUCCUGGUGUCCAACCACCAAACACACCGAAAAGGGUCUACAACUAUAGGCUUUCUCGAGCACGGCGAUGCAUUGAAAAUGAAUUCGGAAUUUUCUGUGCCAGGUGGAGGGUGCUGCGGAACCGCAUGAGUCUGCUGCCAGAGAAUGCAGCUGCAGUCUCAGCUGCUUGUUGUUGUCUCCACAAUUACCUGAUGCAGGAGGGGAGGCUGCCAGGUGGCUAUUGUCCACCGCAGUUUGCAGACACUACCAACAGUGCAGGUGUAGUUAUCCCAGGUGAAUGGAGGAACAAUACAGAGUCCCUGCCACAAAUAAAUCAGCAAGGCUCUAAUGCUUACUCUAAGAGAGCAUCUGAAGUAAGAGACUGCUUUGCUGCCUAUUUUCAUGGUCCGGGUUCUGUGAGCUGGCAGUGGGUUUAAAUGAAACCAUAUUUAACCAAUAUGACCUACUAAUCUGACCUCCUAUUUAAGUUACAGGUGCCUUAACUGCGACUUACUUUUGUAAUGACUAGAUUCCAUAUGUACUGAGAUUUGACCAGCAAUAAAUGUUUAGCAAACACAA